CAUAAGAGUUUAAAGGGCAGAAACAUCUGUGGCCAGGCUGAACAGGUAGUUAAUAUGAGCAUCACCGAUAUCCUGAGCCCUUCGGAUAUUGCCGCUGCCCUCAGAGACUGCCAAGCUCCAGAUAGUUUCAGCCACAAAAAAUUCUUUCAGAUCAGUGGAAUGGCCAAAAAGAGUGGCAACCAAGUAAAAGAAAUCUUCCGGAUCCUAGAUAAUGAUCAAAGCGGCUUCAUUGAGGAAGAUGAACUCAAAUUUUUCCUCCAGAGGUUUGAGUCUGGAGCCAGAGUGUUAACAGCGGCAGAAACCAAAACGUUUUUGGCAGCAGCAGACCAUGAUGGAGAUGGAAAAAUUGGGGCUGAAGAAUUCCAGGAAAUGGUGCACUCCUAA